AUGUCAUUCUCCACAGCACAAUUCAAUAGUAAAUUAGAUUCACUACUGAAUACUCAAGAUUCGAUAGUAUCAAUAUCACAAUGGGUUUUGUUCCACGUGAAACAUUACCAAGAAAUCGUUAAAGUUUGGUCGGAUUAUUUUCAUAGUCUGAAUGCAUCAUCAUCAUCGGGAAAGAAAUUAUCAUUGUUGUAUUUAUGUAAUGAUGUUGUUCAACAAUCUAGAAGGAAAAACAAACAGGAGUUCAAUCAUGAAUUUGCAAAGGUGUUACCUGAUGUUUUAAGUGGUUGUUAUUCUGAAUUGAAACCAAAGAUUGAUAGAUUAUUGAAUGUUUGGCAAGAAAGGAAGAUAUUCACCACGGAUGAAAUCACAGCCAUGAAAGAGGCACUUGUCAAACCGCAACCAGUACCACAGAAAGCACAACCACCAAGAGAGGAGAUCACAACAGAACUUAGAUUUGUUAAUGAUCUAUUUAAGCGAUUACAAGAAUUGACGAAAAUCAAUCAAGGUAAUUUAACACAAUUAGGAAUACAAUCAAAGACAUAUCUUGACCCUAAAAAUUCAGAAACUUUACCGGAUCCAAUAAUUUAUAAAUCAAAAUUAAAUAUGUUGGAAAAAUUAGGUAUUGUAUGUAUAUCAAAUAUAGAAGAAAUAAAAAAAAUUAGAAUACAAAUCAAAUCACAAUUGGAUAAUCUUUCAAAAUUGAUUGGUGAUGGAGUUGAUUCAGAUGAUGUUAAAGUCCAAGCUAUAAAUGAGAAACUACACAAACUCAAACAAACAAGAGAUGAACUUGAUCAAGAAGAAACAGGACAGGUAGUGGAUGUUGUGGAUGUUCACGUUGACGUGGAAGAAGACGAAGAUGGAGAGGAUGAUAUGCCAGGGUAUGAACCUGAAUCGGAUAUUGAAACAGAAGCAGAAACAGAAACAGAGUCACGAAAGAGAAGAUUAUCACAGACCUCCUCAGGAGCAUCUACACCAAAGAAAGUUGCCUUUUCAGAGGAUGUCGAAGUCUUUGAAGGUAAACAAGAAGAAGACGAGCCUGAGCCUGAGCCUGAGCCUGAACAAGAGCAAGAGCAAGACGAGGAGAAGAAACAAGAAGAAUCAGUUGAUGUAUUCUCCUUAUUAUCCAAACUAGCAGAGUAG